UGCCUGUGUUUUGAAAUACAGUGGCGAUGUGACUUUGGUGCUCAGGGUGACGCUCCAGUGUACCUUCUGCUGGUGGUUUACUUGCCAGCACUGGAGUGUUGCUACAGGAACAGGAAGGUGGUCGAUUACUCCCAGUUUCAGGAAUCAGAUGAUGCUGAUGAAGAUUAUGGAAGAGAUUCAGGUCCCCCAUCCAAGAAAAUCCGUUCUUCUCCCCGGGAGGCUAAAAAUAAGAGGCGAUCUGGGAAGAAUUCUCAGGAGGACAGUGAGGAUUCAGAAGAAAAAGAUGUGAAGACUAAGAAAGAUGAUUCACACUCAGCAGAUGAAGAUUUUGGCAGUGAAGAUGAUGACUUAGGAGCAGAUGAUGGCAAAGCUGACAGUGACUAUGAGAGCUCUCAAAAAAGCAAAAAAGGAAAAAAGGCUAAACCAGAAAAGAAUAAGAGAGCAGCCUCCAAAUCCAGGAAAAGGCCUGCAGAGGACAGUGAGGACGAGAAAGAAGACCACAAAAAUGUGCGUCAGCAACGACAGGCAGCGUCCAAAGCAGCUUCUAAACAACGAGAGAUGCUUAUGGAUGAUGUGGGUAGUGAGGAGGAAGAACAAGAGGAUGAUGAGGCACAGUUCCAGGAGACAGAUUCAGGAAGCGAUGAAGACUUCCUCAUGGAAGAUGAUGAUGAUAGUGACUAUGGCAGUUCAAAAAAGAAAAACAAAAAGGUCUCCAAGAAAUCCAAGCCAGAGAGGAAAGAAAAGAAAAUGCCAAAGCCCAGGCUAAAGGCUACGGUGACCCCCAGUCCAGUGAAAGGCAAAGGGAAGGCAGGCCGCCCCACAGCUUCCAAGGCAACAAAAGAAAAGACCCCAUCCCCCAAAGAAGAGGAUGAAGAGCCUGAAAGUCCCCCAGAAAAGAAAAAAUCAGCCAGCCCUCCACCAGAGAAGUCAGGGGAUGAGGGAUCUGAAGAUGAAGCACCCUCUGGUGAAGAUUAAAUGGCAGUUGAGGAAAUCUUUGUUUAAAAAAAAAAAAAGAAAAAAAAAGAAAAAGGAAAAGAAAACAUACUUAGGGGUAGAACACGGUUUUGGCUGUGGCUUGACUCAUGGGCUUUGAAUGCUGUCUUUACUUUCAGCUGUUCAAUACAGUGUAUCCUUUUUUUAAUAAGAGGAAAUCCUUAUACAGUAAUAUUUUGAAGUCAAUGUUCUCUGUUGGCUAUUCCGUUCUCCCUCCCCCACCAAAUCUGAAAGCCAUUUGAGACAAAUUAACAGACCAUUUAAAUAUAUAUUUUUUUCAAGGGAUACUGCAGUUGUGAAGCAAUAAGGUUUGAGACUGAUAUGUGGAAACCACACUUACAAAUCGUUAAGUAGAAUAGAUUUUCCAGUGCUGGUAAGAGUUCUUUAAAACUAUUAUUCUGUAUUUGAAUAUGUGGAAAAAAAAAAAAAA